AUGUUUUCUUCUUCUACCGGUCUUCCCGCUGCCGAACCGCCGGCCAUGGCUCUUGCUCCAUCUUUUGUUGUGCCUAAAACCGCGUUCGAAGAAAAGUUGAGCAAGGCUCAAUAUCAAAAGCAACUUCUCGAACUGGAACUCAAGUGUACGGACGAGAUUACAGAACAGAUCAGCAACUUGUGCACCCGUGUUGCGAGAUUGCGGCUGCUUACCGCUAAACGCUAUAGAGAACUUUUAUCCACGAUUCCAAUUACUGAAGAGAUGUGGCGUCGGGACAUUCACAUAGCCGAGAAACAACUCCUAAAUUUACCCAACUGCGAGGUUAUUGAACCCAUGAAUUCCAACAAAGAAGAAAAAGCUACAGAUGUCGAGCGCCGUCUUGCCAAGUUGGCCAUGCAAACCCGAAAUCUCGCGAUGUUGGAUCAUCAUCUCUACAAACAAGGACGUCAUGCUACUGAACAACGCACAAAACUUGGUGAAAUUACCCGUGUGGUCGAGCAUGUAAGCAAACAGUUUGAAGCAAAAGAGCGCAAGGCUUUGAGAGUUGUGGCAACGAUCGAUGACGAGCAUUAUCCUUCAGGACACAUUUUAGCCAAUUUUUCACGGUCGAUUUUCUUUAUUGGUGCUGCUGUAGAUACUCUGCAACUUGCUUCUGAGAUUCCACAACUUUUUGGCUUGGAAAAGAGUGUAAAUGAAAUUCACGAUGUUCGCUCCUCAUUGAACAGCUUUCUGAAUAAACUUAAAAGCAAGCUUGGAGAAGCUUGUGUUGGUGUGCCAAAAGGAGAACUUGAGGAUUUUUACGAGGAACAGGCAACAGAAUCUAUCGGUUCACCCAAACGCUUUAACGGCUCGACUACGAAAUUUAUGGAUCCCGAUUUACUUUCCACUUCGAUUUCACAAAUUUUUGAGGAGAGUAAAACUGAAGACCUGAUUACCGCCGUGCCUCCAGAUUUUGGUGCCGAAACGCCUCGCUCUGUCACCGCCAAGACUCCAGCUGCCACAGUUUUAAUGCCUCCGAAAUCGAUCUGCUUAAACAACCUGUUCCGUCCGCUUCCCGAAGAGACCAAAGUUUGGAAAGUUCAAUCCGAAAUCUCUGGUGAUGUGUAUAUUUUCGAGCGAUCAUGUUCUGAAGUGUGCAAAGAAGGUUGUACACACAUUGCUGACAUGGAGCAUCGAUUUGUCGCGUUUGUCACAGGAAACCUAAAACAU